CACUCUCAGUCCGUGGGUGCUUUCCAAUCCCCUCCCUCCYACUUCCACUCACGCUUACUUCUUUUGCCAUCUCAUUGUUUAGGUCCCUUAGCACGCCCUGCACAGCAGCAACUCUUCCUCUUUCCUGAUUAAGUUUGUUCUUCUCGAUUCUGCAAUGAUUAACUUCUUGCCCUCAAAAGUUAAAACGGAAGGAAAUCACCGUACGGACUUUGUAGGAGAGCUGUGAAGACGCACCGGUCCUCCUGAGGUCAGUUCUGCUCAGAUUUUAAAUUUGACAAACACAAGAACUGAGGAUGUUUGCAGCCUUGCAUUUGUUCUGUCUUCUGUCGGCUUUCACUUUGACAAAACAAGGAUCUGUGAGUCUGGAGGUGAACCCCACGAUUCUCGCAGAGCGUGGUGAACAAGUUUCCCUGCGCUGCAGCCCAUCCUCAUCUCACCAUGGACUAUCAGUCAAACACAUGGAGUGGUCCCGAGGCAGUGAGUCUCUCUGCUCUGUGAACAGCAAACAGGAUGUCAUCACACACGAAAGUCAUUCUUUAAGUGACUUCUAUUGCACGUAUCGAGAUGGACAGCUGUCCCUCUUCUUUCAAAGAAUGCUGCCUCUGGAGAGUGGACGCCUGAAUCCUUACAGAUGCAAACUUCACUCCAACCAAGGAGUGGCUUUCAUCUACACCACAGUGGAGCUACAAGAGUCCUGUGGGGAAGUUGGGAGCGUUUUAACGAAGGACGGUCCCAGCUGCACCUUCAGCCAUGUCUACCCGGACGCAGAUGUCCUCUGGUUCCACGACUCCCAGGACCUCUCAGACGGCUCUGUGAACCGCAGCACGUCUAAAACCGUGGACGAGCACGGCUGGCUCACCAUCCGCAGCUGGCUGAGCAGCAGUGUAAAACAAGAGUGGGGAAGUUCACGCGAGCCCUACAAUUGCUCCUUACAGAGCUCUACAUCUGGGAGAAUCAUCACGAGCACUUUGGUUCGGGACAUGAGACAAAAACGGGGUCCAACAGCGUCUGAUGGUAAUGGAGUCAAAUCACACAAAACCAUGACAACAGUUUUUUCUAUUUUAGUCUCACUUAUUGUCAGAGGGAAAUAAUGAAUUCUGCAGAAUCACAUCAUAGAAUGUGAGAAGACUUCAGCUUAAAUGAUUAUCAUUAAUCAGAGCAAAUGAGGUACUAUUCUGGGUUUUCUCUCUCUUUUUUCUCUCAAAAACCUGAACAACAGUCAAGUGAGUCAUCUUGCCUGGACUAAAGAUUUACAAUACCAAUUAAUUUUAGCUCCCACCUAUAGCAAACAAGAACAGACCUUUGAAAUGUGAUAACAAGUGUGUUGAUAGUUGUGAAACCAUAAAAACACUUCUGUUCAACAGUGAGGAAUGAAUGAGAGAGCACAAGGCAUGCUGGGUUCAUGGCCACAGUACAGAAACUAAACUGAUGGACAGAUGCUGACCCCUGGUGGGCUCUGUCGUGAUUAUCACCAAGCAUGACUGCAAUUAAUUCAGUUCCAUGUUAAUUCAGUUUAUUUCAGUCCACAAAUGAUGUACAGCAAAAGUAAUUUUAGCGCACUGUGCAAAAACUAAUCCUGAUGCAAAUUCAAUUAUCAUGUUUAUUCACACGUUUAUUUUCAGUAAUUAUUUGAUCGUGUUCAUCUGUCAACAGUCAGAUGAACAGCUCAUUGAUACAUUGCAAAUCACUAUAUAAUUAGAUGUAUAUAUAUUUUUAAAAAUGCCAUACAAUAAAUAAAGUUGUCUUUUUAAGGAAAUCAGCAUCAAAUCUUCACUUUGUGCAUCCUCAUGAGGCAGCAGGUGACAGAGGAGAGGAAUGACUCCCUUUCAACAAAUAAAAAAAACAUCAACUAUAUAUUAAGAAUAUUGCCAUGACCACUGAAGGCUGAAAGGACAGGGAAUAGACAAACAUAAAAGCAUAAAAAAGUAAUUUUUAUUAGUAAGCUAAACAAAGAGAGAACACACAGUUAAGGACAGCAAUAAUGUCACAUAUUAUGUAAAAACUAACAGCAGUGGUGUCCUAUGGGUGUCCUCCAGCAGUCUGAGGCCUACAGCAGUGUAGCUCAAGGCRCAGCUCAGAAUAACCUAAGCCAACCCAGAGAAUUUAGCAGGAAAGUCUUAAAAGUCGACAGGGUGGCUCCUGUUCUACUUUUAGAAACUCUAAGAACGGUCUUAGAAAAAACAAUCAUGAUAAAAAAUAUUAAUAAAUCCAAAGUUUCCUCACAUGCCUUACAAAAGGUUUGUGAAUCUCAUAAAUUAAAAUGAGAUUUAAUUUAAACAAAACUUUGGUUUAUGAUCUGAUCCGAGUGCUAUCUUGAUUUAUGUAAAGGGAGUUUAUACAUGACAGAACUCUGUGCACCAGAGCUCAUCAGACUUAAGUGAGCUGUGCUCUGUGAUUACACAAAUCUAAUCUGAGCAAAAACUACUUCACUAUAAACUUUAUUUUCAUUUAAAAUCAAACCAGAAGUUUGUUUGAGUGUGAGGAAGGGAUAUAAAUCUUUUUUUCCACAGGUUUUUAAUCCUCAGCUUGCCCUCAGUCUGUCAGGUAAAGGCCGGAGCCGAGGGACAAUCUCAGCUCCGAGGUAAAAGCUUUUGCCUUGUUAACGCCUCAGUGCUCCCUGUGCACACAAAGCGUUUGAGAGCCUUUUCUCGUCAGAAUGCCUCUCGGCUAAUGAUGCCACUAAAUCGAGGGGAAAGUUUGGCUUUUAAAGCGAGGUCGUGCUGCAGAUGACAAUCACCGAGCACAGCGAGGUCACUUUGACAGGUACAGUGUCUGGAUGGAUGCAGACACAGAACCCUGAGACAUGUUCUGCUCUGCUGUCCUCAUGGUCUAACUCAACACACACCAGUUCAUAUGCUACUUGUGUUGCCUCGAUUGCAACAAAUAAUUAUCUCUCAACUGCCUCAUUUUGAAAAUKACUGCUACUGAUGUAAAUAACACAAGUUAAAUAAGUUGUAACUUGCUUACACUGAACAGAAAUUUAAAGGACAUAUUGAAACUAAUUUACACUCAUUACUCCUUUACAAGGCAGCAGCCUUGAGCGAGUUUGUUUUUAUUUCAACACAUAUUUGAAGUUCAAAACAUCAAAAAAUAAUGUGCCUGGUUAUGUUUUUCUGCCAUUUUCAGUUUUGCUUUAAUUUUUCAGCAAAAAUGAUUUACCUGAUUUUUGCACAAGUAGGGUAAAUUCAAAGUUUGUAGGAUAUUAAACAAUAAAUUGUAUUUGUUUUUGAUUGUGCUUCAUUAGAAAUUGUUAAACAUGUUUACAGGAAGGUGGAUUGUAAUAAAUGCUGUUCUCUCUUUUUGAUAACUUCACAAGAGUUGAUUUCUGCUUUUGUUUACGCUAACAAUAACUGACAUUUGGGUAAAGUCUACUAAAUCCAGCGUUUACCAGUGUGGGUUAAGUUGAUGCAAAUUGUACAUAAAGUCAAUCACUGUAAAUCCCUCUGCAUAAUGAGCUGAUUGUUAAAAUGUGUCUUCAGAAUGUGAAAUAAAAAUCAAAUCUGAGAUUU